AAUGGGUUUUUAUGUACUUGUUUAGGUUGGCGUUUUGCCUGUUAUGCUAUUACUGUUUGCUGAUAUUUUUACACCAUGUGUGUAUCUAUCGGAGCUAAACGGUAAUCGUAGUGUCUUGUUCGGUGCAAAAUACGAUUAUGGCACAUCAUUUUACGUCAAGCGAAUUGCAAAAAUCCGUGGAUUUUAACAAUUAAUCAUAACAGAAAAAUAUUGCUUACAACCCCUGAUACUCACAAACAUACAUUAACUGAUUGAAGAAGAAAAAUCCGAAGCGCGUACAAACGGAAUUAAAAUUAAAAACACGGACAAAAAUACCAUUUUCAGAGCAUUUUACUCGAGUAAAUUUAAGAAAAUAUACAUGUGGAAAAUUUUAAUGAUUGUGUGCAUACGCUUCUAAACGAAUUGGCAACCAAACGAACGAAAAAGAUUCGCCUGAAAAUAGAGAGAGGAGAUAUAGAGAGAAACCGUACAAAAAUUGAAUAAAAUAUUGUGCACAACGAAGCUUAGUGACCUCAGUGGCUCAUUUAUGUAUGUGUGUAAGUUAAACAAGCGCACGACUUUGUGAUUAGUGAUGAUAGAAUGCAUAAAUUAUAAUGAACCGAAUUGAAAACAUUUGUAACAAUUUUCCAAUUAGGCCUGUUUCAUUUUUUAUGCAACAACAACAAGAAACCACUCUUUUGUUUUCCACACCGUCCACAUUUAUUUAUAAAUAAUGAAUGUUUGGCCGCAUUUUUCGCACUCGCCUACCUCGACGCUGGUUUCAACUGCAAGCUACAAAACCAUGUCAAACAUUUAGCGGAAAGGAAUGUUUUCAAAUAAAACAUGUUAGAGAAAUGGGGAGAGUGAGAGAGUGAAAAAAGUUAUGUUCCAUUGCCUCUGGUUAUGAAUAGUUCCUGAGAACUCGUAAAUCAAAUUCGAAUCACAAUCGCAUUAAUCACAUGCUCACGUGAUAGUGAAGUUGUGAAUUAUUCUUAAAAAAAAAAAAAUAGAGGAAAACUACCAACCCCCAAUAAGAAUGUAAGCAGAUUCGUGAUUUGCGCGCAUAAAUUUAGAAAUUGCGUGCGAAUUUCAUUAUUCUGCGAAUAUCCAAGUGAGAAAACAGGAAAAACGAUUGUAAUGAAAAAAUCGAAUGAGCGAUUGGCACGCGUGAUAGUUGAUUAUAAUUCUGAAUAGAUGACGCUUCAAACGAAAGCGACUUUCAAAAGCUAGCGAGAAAGCGACAGCAGCGCUACUACUACGUCAGUGUCUGUCAUGUGCUUCAUGUCAUUAAUGAAUCUAAUCAACACUAUCCAAUACAUGCCUAAUGCACAUCAUUUUUCAUUAUCAUUGCGGCUAAUAGUACCCAGUUCUUUUUUAAAUCGAAUUCAAUGAUUUUUUUUGUAAAUAUUGUGAACAUUCAGAUUUGCCAUUAGGUUUUUGUUUUGUAUUUAAAUUCGCUACAUUGAAAAUGAUAGGAUUUUAUUCAUUACUAACCACCGUCUUGUUAUUUGCAUUCAAUGUUCUAUUGACGAGAGCCGAUGAUAUUCUUGGAUGCGGUGGAUUUGUUAAAAGUCAUGCGGACAUUGAUUUCUCGAAAGUUGAAGUGAAAUUGUUAACCAAACAAGGCAGCUUAAAGGAUAAAACUGAUUGCUCACCAUCAAACGGAUAUUAUUUCUUGCCGGUUUAUGACAAAGGCGAAUAUGUGUUGCAAAUCUCACCACCACCUGGAUGGAGCUUUGAACCCGAACGAUUCGAAAUCAAUUUCGAUGGGAAAAAUGACAUGUGCAGCCAAGGAAAAGACGUGAACUUUGUGUUUAAAGGAUUUGGUAUUACGGGUAAAAUUGCCGGCAUCAGUGGCAACGUUAAAGAUGUAAACGUUGAACUUCGUUCAUCCAGCGGAGCAGACACUCGCAAAACGGUAUCCGAUAUUAAUGGCGUUUUCUAUUUUACACCGGUCAUUCCGGGUCAAUACACGAUCAAAGUCAGUCGUAAAAAUUGGUAUUUUGAAAAGUCGGAAUACGUUGUCACUGUUUCCAGUGGAAAUACUGAAUUGCCAAACAACGCGUUUGUCGUGUCUGGAUUUGAUGUGUCAGGAAGCAUACUUAGCGAUGGACAACCACUUCAGAACGUUGAAUUUGUUCUAUUGAACCGUAAAAAUCAACGUCAAUCAUCUCAAAAAUGCAGCUCAGUCAAUCUACCUCAAAUUACAUCAUCAAAUUCUGAAUAUGAAUCGAAAGCGUUAUGUACUGCAACACCAUCGGCGAGUGGUAAAUUUGAUUUCGAAUCGAUAGCACCUGGGAAAUAUUCGGUACAACCAUAUGUUCAAAGCAAAAACAUCCAAUUCCACAUUCAGCCAGAAUAUAUUGAAUUUGAAGUAAUCAAUGAUGCUGUUGAAUUGAAGCAAUCCUUUGAAAUCACCGGUUUUAGUGUGUUUGGUCGUGUUCUAUCUUCGGCAAGUGGUUUCGGUGUUGGAAAUGCAAAGGUUAUUGUGAAUGGCCAACAUGUGGCAACAACUCACACCGACGGUACAUACACAUUAAAAAAUAUCAAAGCCGAUACAUACAAAAUUACAGCCGAAGCCGAUAAUGUUCAAUUUGACGAGCGAAAUGUUAAAAUCUCAAUUGCAAAUCCAUCCAUUCCCGACAUUGUAGUAUCAGCAUUCAAAGUAUGUGGAUUGGUUUUAUCACACCAAUCGUAUACAAUUGCAAUCACCAAACAUGCAUCAACAUUCCAUACACAAGCUACAAGCCAAAAAGGAACUGGUGAAUGGUGCGCAUUUUUAUCGGCCGGUAAAUACUCAAUUCAAAUUUUAACCAGUUCAGAAGAUUUGGCAUCCGGUAUUCAAUUCUUCCCAAAACAACAAAAUAUCGAAGUAAAUACAUCACCAUUGUCUGGCAUAACAUUUUCACAGUUACGUGCAACCGUUACCGGUGACGUUAAAUGCUUAUCGGAUGGUGAAGGUACGGCUCAAUGCCGUGCAUCGACUAUAUCACUCAAUCCAUUGGAUGCUGAUGGUAAUCGAAAUGGUCAAGUGAUCACCGCUUCAUUGACAAAUGGAAAAUACAGUUUCUCAGAAGUCUUACCUGGAACCUAUGAAAUUGAGGUGUCAGUGCCAACGAAUUUACUAUGUUGGGAAAGCAAUACACUUACAUUAAUCGUUAAAAGUGCAACCGAAAUUGUACCAACCUUUGUUCACACGGGAUAUUUGGUGUCUGUCUCUAGUUCUCAUAAUACCAAGAUGGGCUACACUUUCCGUUCGUCAAAACCCAGUGAAUCGGCAUCGAAGGAAAUUUUCUUAGCACCCGGCAUCAAUUCAUUUUGUGUCGAUAAAUUCGGUCAUUAUGAUUUAACAUACUCUGGUUGUCAUACUUAUGAUUCAAUCACACCAAAAUCCUUUAAAACUGGUGAUGAAAAACCGGUUGCUGUAAAUGCGGUCAAGCAUCGUAAUGGUGUUCGCAUUUUAUCGGAUAUCAAAUCAACGUUUAAAGUGCUGGUUGAAUCGGAAAAUGGACAGAAAAAUGUUAUUACAUUCACCGAAGAAUCGAUUAAAGUUAAUGGCAAAUUUGCGUACCGUUAUGAUUUCGAUUUAAAACCAACAUCCAAAUUAAUACUCACUCCACAAAGUGACACCGUUCUAUUUACACCACAAUCAAAGGAUAUUUACGGUGCUAAUGACUGUGUUGAGAAUGGAUUUACAUUCAGCGCUGCAAAAGGUUUAAUAAUCAAUGGGAAAGUUACACCACCGAUAGCCGAUGUUAAAAUCACUCUAACAUUCAGUGAUAGUGGCGAAAAUGCACCAAUCGAAGUGCUAACAUCAUCGAAUGGUCAAUUCAAAUUCGGUCCAUUAAAUGGAGAUGUGGCUGUUAGUUUGUCAGCAUUCAAAGAAUCCUAUGUCUUCUCAGACUUUGACAGUGAACGUGGUGAAUUCAAAGCGCAUAAAUUAUGUGAAGUAAUUGCAACGGUCAAAGAUGAUCUUGGAAAUAAAUUGUCCGGUGUAUUGUUGUCAUUAUCUGGUGCCGAAAGUUAUCGGAAAAAUUUGGUCACCGGUGAAGAUGGAACGAUUAAUUUCCAUUCAUUAUCACCAAGUCAAUACUAUUUACGGCCAAUGAUGAAGGAAUAUCGAUUUGAACCAUCCUCAAAAAUAAUCGAUGUUAAAGAUGGCGAAACGGUUCGCGUUGAACUCAAUGGAAAACGGGUUGCAUUCUCUGUAUUUGGUUCGGUAAAUUCAUUAAAUGGUGAACCAUUUGGUGAUGUUGCUGUUGAAGCACGGGCCGAAGAGCGUUGCGGCCAACAUCAAGAAGAAUCAACAACCGAACCAAAUGGACAAUAUCGCAUUCGUGGCCUCCAACCCGGUUGUGAGUACACAAUUCGUGUACGAUCAAAUACUGAGAAUUCGGCAACAAUUGUCGACCGUACGGUGCCAACCGUUCGGCACAUUACUGUUGGCAAAGAAGACAUUAAUAAUAUUAAUAUUAUUGCAAUAAGCCCAUUGAAUUAUAUUGAUGUGAUUGCCAGAGUAACGGCAUCAAAUAACGAUUAUUAUAAAUCACUUCGCGCUGUUAUGUACAGAAAGGGUCAAUCGGAUAGUCCACUAUAUUCGCAACGCGUUGAAACACCGAUCUCAGUCAAGAGUCGCAUUAAUCCGGGCGCUUUAGUAUUUUUCCCUCGCAUUCCAUUCGAUGGUAAAUCGUAUGUUGUUGAACUGACCACAACAUUAUCAGAUAAAAACUAUAAAUUCACAUUGCCCAUUGAACAAUUCCAAGCAAAUCGUAGUACGAUUUAUAUUGAAUUGGACUUUACGCCGGAACUGCGUUCCAAUGAAAAUGAAUUCAAUGAAAAUUCAUUCUCUGCAUUGAUUUUACUUGGUUUGGUUGUGAUUGCGUUCUUUAAACAAGAAUUGGCAUUUGAAUUUUGCUCAUUUUUAUGGACCAAAAUAAAUGUCGUUGCCCAAACGGCCAUUAAUCAAGCAUCAUCGCCAAAGAAAAAAGACAAUCGCUUCGAUGCCACAUACAAUGAAAGUGAAAUUGAAAAACUGGCGCAAAGCAUAAACGCAACUAAAAAGAAGAACGUUCGAAAGACGUAAAGAGGGACCAUAUUGUUUUUUGUCGAAAUAAAACACCGUCAAUUUGUUUUUAUAAACCAAUACCAUCGAAUGCAAAAUACAAUUCGUUCCUCAUAAUAAUGAUUUCAUGUGCAGUAUGUAUGGUUUCCAUACAUUUCUUUUUAGAUUAUUUAAGAGAAUUAAUUAACGAGGAUCGACAAUUAUAUCCUCAACAUUUGCUAUCAAACGAAAAAAUUAAUUUAUUUGUAAAGAGGAGUUAUGUAAAUGAAUAAAGUCUGUAAACAUUUAAAGUACA